GUCGCGGUGGCCGCGGCGAUGUCGCUCGGGGGGUCGCGGCCGCGGGCGCGGCGGGCGGCGGGGGGGUGGUCGCCGUGCGCGGUGCUGGCGCUGGGCUGGGCGCUGGGCUGGGCGCUGGGCGCGGAGCCCCCGCACCGCUGCCGCCCCGACACCGCGCUGCUGCCGCCGCCGCUCCGCCGCCUCGGGGGCCCCGCGCUGCUCCGCGCCGCCGUCCCGCGCCUGCCCCGCGGCGGCUGGAGCCCCUGCCAGCUGUACCGAUACCCGCCCGGGGCGCCCCGGCCCAACGGCACCCGGCCCUGCACCCGCGGCUGGCACUACGCGCUGCCCGCCGCCGGCCUCCGCGCCAACCUCGUCACACAGUGGGACCUGGUGUGUGCCUCCCGCUGGAAGGUGCCCCUGGAGCAGACCACGCACCUGCUGGGCUGGACGCUGGGCAGUGUCACCGCCGGCCUGGCCUGUGACAGGUUCGGCCGCCGUCCCACCUUCCUGCUGUGCCUGGCGCUGGCCGUGCCCGCGGGGCUCGGCGUGGCACUGGCCGUGAGCUUCCUCAUGGUGCUGGUGGCACGGCUGCUGUUCGGGGCCGCGCUGGCAGGAGCCUUCCUGGCCCUCUACGUGGCCCGGCUGGAGCUGUGUGACCCCCCGCACCGGCUGGGGGUGACGAUGGUGGCCGGGUUCUUCUGGAUCGCCGGGGAGCUGCUGCUGCCGGGGCUGGCCCUGCUGUGCCGGGACUGGCGGGUGCUGCAGGGCGCUGUCACCAUGAUCCUGGCCCUGCUGGCUGCCGGCUGGUGGUGCCCGGCGCUGCUGCUGGAGUCACCGCGCUGGCUGCUGGCCACACGGCAACUGGAGAGGGCCAGGAAGACCCUGCAGGCGCUGGCCGACGACAACUGCCCCCAGGACAGUCUCCUCACAGAGCUGGAGGCCCUGUCCGAGGAGCCGCCGCGGCCCCGGUACCACUCCGUGUGUGAGAUCUGCAGCACCAGGGUCAUCUGGAAGAACGGCGUCAUCCUCGGCUUCGCGGCGUUCAUCGGCUCCGGCAUCCGCCACUGCUUCACCCGCAACCUGGUCCCGCACCUGCCGCACUUCUUCUCCUCGCACCUGGCGCUGCUGGGCACCGAGGCGGCCGCUUGCCUCUUCGUGUGCCUGACCGCCGAGCGCUUCGGGCGCCGCGCCAUCCUCCUGCUCUGCACCGUGCUCACCGGCAUCUCCUCCCUCCUGCUGCUCGCCCUCACCCAGUACCUGCUGGAGCUCAUCGUGCUGACCCUGUCCGUGGUGGGCACGGCCGCUUCCCACGCCGUCACCAUGCUCAGCAUCUUCUUCGCCAGCGAGGUUCUCCCCACCGUGGUCAGGGGCGCCGGGCUGGGGCUGGUCCUGGGGGCCAAUUUCGUGGGCAAAGCCGCGGCGCCCAUCACCGCCAUCCCCAACAGCCGCGGCUUCUUCCUGCACCACGUCGUGUUCGCCUCUUUCGCCAUCCUGGCCGUGCUCAGCAUCAUGUUGCUGCCCGAGAGCCAGGGCCGCAGCCUGCCCCAGUCCCUGCAGGACGGCGAGAGCCAGCGCCGGCCGCCCCUGUUCCGCCGCCCCCCGCCCGAGGACCACCUGCCCCUGCUGGCCCCCCACGCCAUUCCCCACGAUUACUCCGGCCUGGCCUCCUCCACCAAGAGGAUGCUGCGCUCCCCAGAUCCCCCCCGCGAGAUGUAGCCGUGCCCCCCGCGCUCCCUGGGGGUCUCCCUGCUGCGGGAGGGGCAGAGCAGGGUGGGACCCCCGCCCAGGGAUGUUUUGGGAGCAGCAGGACCCGUGCUGUGGGUGGGCUGGGGGAGCAGCGCCCACCCCGCGGUGGGGCCGGAUCGUGCCCCUGGAGCAGCAGUGCUGGGAGCCCUGGGGCGGGGGUGAAGCCCCCCGGGGGUGCUGCCGGCUCCCAAUAAAAGUGCCUUGUUUCUA